AUGCGCCUGGUGAAAAUUGGCAGUCGUGGUGAGCUUAACCUGACAAAAGACCUCAAUGAAGAUAUUCCGAGCUACGCGAUCCUUUCGCAUACUUGGGGAGUGGAUGAUGAAGAGGUGACUUUCAACGAUCUAAAAGAGGGAUCUUGGAAGAGUAAGCCAGGCUAUACGAAGAUUCGUUUCUGUGCGGAACAAGCUCGAAAAGAUGAUCUCCGACAUUUCUGGGUGGACACAUGCACCAUCGACAAAGCAAACCAUACCGAACUCUCCGAAGCAAUCGCCUCGAUGUUUCGCUGGUACCGUGACGCAGGGAAGUGCUACGUGUACCUAUCAGACGUUACUGCUCGCAAACGCGACAAUACCGGGGCUGAGCGGGCGUGGGAAUCCGCCUUUCGGAAAAGCAGAUGGUUCACACGGGGCUGGACGCUUCAAGAACUCCUUGCUCCGAAAUCAGUGGAGUUCUUUUCGCGAGAAGGAGAGCGGUUGGGUGAUAAAAACACGCUUGAGCGGCAGAUCUACGAAGUAACGCAAAUUCCGAUUGCAGCUCUCCGUGGGGCCCCUUUAUCUGAUUUCAGCGUUGACGAGCGGAUGCGUUGGGCAGCAAAACGCAACACCAGAAAAAUAGAAGAUAAGGCGUAUUGUCUACUGGGGAUUUUUGAUGUGUCCAUGCCUCUUGUAUAUGGUGAGGGAGACAAAAGUUUUGUUCGGCUCAAAGACGAAAUCGGUAAAUCUUAUCGGAGCCAGCUCGACGGGAGACAAAUUUUGAUCACCUCAAACUCUUGCAGCAUCGAUAAGCAUGGCACUGAAUCCACCCCCAUUGCUGAGGAGAUCUGGCCACAUGACCGCCGAAGGAUAUUGCUUGACUCUCUAAGCUUUGAUCAGAUGGAUUCGCGGCGGUCUACGAUUGGAAGUGCCUAUUCUACGACGUGCAAGUGGCUAUUGGAACACCCUGCGUACGUGGAUUGGAUUAACCCCGAGAAACUUCACCAGCAUCGUGGAUUUUUAUGGAUCAAUGGAAAACCUGGAGCGGGGAAAUCGACGUUGGUAAAGUUCACUCAUGCAUAUGCUGACAAGGAAAGACUUGAGCUUGAGAUCCUCGCCUCCUUCUUUUUCAAUGCUAGAGGAGACGAGCUCGAAAGGUCAACAAUCGGCAUGUAUCGAGCUUUACUAUUUCAGCUAUUGAAGAAAGCGGCGGAUUUGCAGCAGAUUUUUGACGAUUUCCAUCCUCCGUCUGAGUAUCAAAGCCAAUGUCCUGAGUGGACGAUCGAAUUGCUGCGUGAGCUUUUGUCCGCCGCUAUAGCAAGACUCGGACAGCGACGAUUGAAGUGCUUCGUCGACGCACUCGACGAGUGUGACGAGCAGCAAGUUCGAGAAAUGGUUGCUUUCUUUGAAGAACUCGGACAGAACGCUCUCGAGAACGGAAGCCAGCUCUACGUAUGCUUCGCUAGUCGCCAUUAUCCCACCAUCGACAUUCGGAGUGGCCGGCAAUUGACAUUAGAAGACGAACAGGGUCAUGUUGAGGACUUGGCGAAGUAUGUACAAAACCAUCUCCACGCUGGAAGAGGAAAAUACAUUGAGGAAGUCAAAACGCAGAUACGGGAGAAGGCAAAUGGUGUUUUUAUGUGGGCAGUUCUGGUCGUCGACAUUCUGAAUAAAGAAUUCCUCCGCGGCCGCAUCUUUGCCGUAAAGAAAAGACUCCAGGAGAUACCCGCAAAGCUCAGCGACCUCUUCAAAGACAUUUUGAGGAGAGAUAAUGCCAAUAUGGACGAUUUGUUGCUCUGUCUCCAAUGGAUACUGUUUGCAAGACGGCCCCUUCGACGGGAAGAAUUUUACUUCGCAAUGGUUGCUGGUCUCGAUCCUGAACCGGGGAAUAUGACCGAGUGGGAUUCUGAGCGCGUCACCGUCGACGACAUGAACCGUUUUGUGGUCAGUUCCUCCAAGGGGCUGGCUGAAAUCACCAAAUCAAAAACGCCAACGGUGCAAUUCAUCCACGAAUCAGUGCGGGAUUUUCUCAUCAAGGAUAACGGGCUAUGCGAGCUAUGGCCAGAGCUUGAAAAUGAUCUGUACAGUUUGAGCCAUGAUCGACUGAAGCGAUGCUGUCAAAACUACUUAAAUGUCGACAUAUCUGGUUGCAUCUCGUCUGAUGAGACACUUCCAAAAGCAUCUUCUGGCUCCGCAAAAGAUCUCAGACAAGUAUUAACAACCAAAUUUCCAUUUCUUGAAUUCGCAAGCCGACAUGUUUUAUAUCAUGCCGAUGAAGCCGCGAUGGGAAUUCCACAGGAGGACUUCUUGCGAGACUUUGCUCUUGGCGCUUGGAUCAAUGUUACUAACCUGCUCGAGCGGUAUGAUAUCCGUCGCCACACGCCAGAUGCAAGCCUCUUAUAUAUACUUGCGGAAAACAACUUCGCAAGGUUGAUAAGGACAACGUGCCAUCAAAGCUCGACGAUGAGGGUCCGAAGGGAGCGAUAUCAAUAUCCUCUUUUCGCUGCGUUGGCAAACGGCCAUCGCGACGCUGUUCGAGCACUCUUGCAACAAGAUGGACAUCCGCCAAUAGGAGACGUUGCCGAGCACCUGGAAUACGGGCGAACUUUUUCAGCUCGGAGAGAUCACACACCAUUUCUUUGGGCGCUCGAGAAGGGACACAAGGCCCUUGCUGAAAUUCUUGCUAUUUCCACAGAUAUCAAUCUCAAUCUAGGAGACAAAGGAGGUCGAAGUGCACUAUUAUUGGCAGCUGAAAAGGGCUACGAGGAAAUAGUAAGUCUGCUACUAGCAACUGAUAAGGGCGCCAACAUCGAGGCCACAGACAAUAACGGUAAGACAGCCUUACUAAGGGCAGCUAUAAAUGGGAGGGAAACAAUUAUGCAGCUGCUGUUGGACAAGGGUGCCAACAUUGAGGCCAUCGACAAUAACGGCAAGACAGCACUACUAUGGGCAGCUGAAGGAGGGAAGGAGACGAUCGUGCAGAUGCUGCUGGAAAAGGGCGCCAACCUCGAGGUUAAAUGCUACCAAGGCGAGACAGCCUUACUACGGGCAGCUAUAAGUGGGAGAGAGACAAUUGUGCGGCUGCUGGUGGAUAAGGGCGCCAACAUCGAGGCCACCGACAACGACGGCAAGACAGCACUACUACGGGCAGCUAUAAAUUGGAGCGAGACAAUUGUGCGGCUCGAGACAAUUGUGCGGCUGUUGGUGGACAAGGGCGCCAACAUCGAGGCCACCGACAACGACGGCAAGACAGCACUACUAUGGGCAGCUAUAAAUGGGAGCGAGACAAUUGAGCGGCUGCUGUUGGACAAGGGCGCCAACAUCGAGGCUACCGACAACGACGGCAAGACAGCCUCACUAUGGGCGGCUGAAGGGCAACGCGAUAGGGUCGUGGAAUUACUUUAUGGCCAAGGGUGGGAACAUCGAGGGGCAGGACAAAGACGACCGUACGCCGUUGUUACACGACAGCUUGGAAUAGGGACAAGCGUGAAGUAA